AUGCAGACCAAACACUUCUUCUCGGACCCUACCCAUCUGGUCCAGACCGCCCUGAACUCCCUGACUCUCACAAACCCUUCUCUUGCCUAUGACCCCGAAAACAAAAUUAUUUUCCGUCGUCCGGAUACGACUUCAAAGUCCAAGGUCGCGAUUGUGUCUGGAGGAGGAUCCGGCCAUGAGCCUGCCUUUGCCGGCUAUGUUGGCAAGGGUUUCCUAGAUGCCUCGGCCGCCGGGACCAUUUUCGCCUCUCCUUCCGCAGAGCAGAUCCGUAAGGCUGUCAUGGACUGCGUCGACAACGAGAAGGGUGUCCUCAUCAUCCCCAUGAACUACACUGGUGAUGUCCUCAACUUCGGUAUGGCUACGGAGAAGGCCCGCGCCGCCGGUAUCAAGACUGAGUUCUUCGCCAUCAACGACGACGUUGGUGUCGGCAAGAAGAAGGGCGGCAAGGUCGGCCGUCGCGGUAUUAGUGGUGGUAUCCUAAUCUUGAAGAUCGUCAGCGCGCUGGCCGAAGCUGGUGGAUCUCUCGAGGAUGUUUACCGCACCGCUCAGUUGGCAAACAAGAACCUCGUCUCAGUUGGCUCUUCUCUGGAGCACGUCCACGUCCCUGGCAGAGCUCCGCCAACGGACACCAUCCCCGAUGGUGAGGUCGAGGUCGGCAUGGGCAUCCACAAUGAACCGGGAUCUCACCGGGAAAAGUUCGAGCUGACCGAACUGGUCGCUACCAUGCUCCUUCAGCUCUUGGACCACAACGAUCCCGACCGCGCCUGGAUCACUCGCAAGCCCGAUGAUGACUUUGUGCUGCUGAUCAACAACUUGGGUGGUGUGAGCGCUCUGGAACUUUCGGGCAUCACCGAUGAGGUCUACCGCCAGCUGAACAGAGACUACAACGUUCGGCCCAUCCGGGUGAUCCAGGGAACCUUCCUCACCAGUCUGAACGGCCUAGGCUUCAGCAUUUCCUUGAUGAAGCUCGUGGACUCUGGAUUGGGCGAGGGCAAGUCCUUCCUUGAACUCCUUGAUGCCCCCGCUGAGGCGGUUGGCUGGUCUGCUCCCAUCCGUCCUGAGACCUGGGAGCACCGCUCUGAUGCUCCUGUUGAGCUGAAGAGGACCAAGAUGCCCGAGGAUCAGCCCAGCAACGUCAAGUUGGAUGUUGAUUCCCUCAAGAAGGUCCUGGGCAGUGCACUCAAGCGUGUCAUUGCCGCCGAGCCCGAAGUCACCCGCUUCGACACCAUCGUCGGAGACGGAGACUGCGGCGUAGGCUUGAAGCGUGGCGCCGAGGCCGUCCUUAAGCUCGUCGAAGACCCCUCGUCUCCGCUCACCGACGAUGUCGUGAACGCAGUGAACCGCAUCGUCAGCAUUGUCGAGAACGUCAUGGAUGGAACCUCCGGAGCCAUCUACGCUAUCUUCCUGAACGCCCUGGCCCACGGUCUUCGCGAGCAAGACCGAGGCACCACCACCCCCGCCACGGUGGAUGUCUGGGCUGCUGCACUGUCCUACUCCCUCACCGCGCUGUCCCGCUAUACCCCUGCCCAACCCGGUGACCGUACCCUCCUGGACGCCCUUGUACCCUUCUGCACGCAGCUCCAAAAGGCCAAGGACGUGCACAUCGCCGCCAAAGCAGCACAGGAAGGCACCGACUCCACCAAGAACAUGAAGGCCAGCCUAGGACGGUCCGUCUACGUCGGCGGCGAAGAAGAAUGGGUGGGCAAGAUCCCCGACCCCGGCGCUUACGGACUCAGCGUGUUCCUUAAUGGUCUGUCUGAGGCGUUGUAA